UUGGAAUAAGAAAGCCAUUAAAGAGAUUCGUGUUGUGUUGGUGAUCUGAAUUUCUCCUGGCAGAAGGUACAAUCUUUCCUGAGGUGGGACCCACAAGAGAAGCCCACCUUUCCCUCUUUCCAUGCCCAUUUGACAAAAAGCCAUUUCUGUUGUUUGAUCAAAACCAAAAAGGUUCUGCCUUUUGCUUGCUUGUAAUUAGGGUUGAUUUUAGGGAUUUUUUAUUUCCCCUUUUUUUUCAAGCACGGCUCCUGUUCCUGUCAACAACUCUAAAAAUUCCCUGUCUCUGCCACCGUUUCUUGUUGAUUGGGUUAUUUCGGUGAGGAUUCCAAUUUGCUUCUUGAGAAAAAAGGGGAUAAGGGAAAAGGAGGAGGAGGAGCCCUCUUUUUGUUUGUUUUUAUGAGAAUAGAGAGCCUUAUAAUUUGAUAAAAUUAGUGUUCAAUUUCACGAAACAGCCUUUGGGGGUUUCUUUUUCCUUGUAUUUGUAUAUAUAUGUAUGGAAUGACCCAUUUUAUUCGGUAAUUUCUGAAGAAACUUGACAAUGUUGGAUUUGGAGGAGCCUCUUUUGCUCAGUUUCCCCAAGAAUCAAAUUGCUUUGUGGGUUUAGAUGCCUAAAUUUCUUUCAGGUUUCUUACCAAGCAAGUGGUGUGCAAGUGCGAAUUUUUUUCGCAAGUGCUUCCAUUUCACUUGUAAAAUGGGUUGUAUUCAGGGGAAGUGUUGCAGAAAACAUGCACCAUCUUCGCGCAGCGAUAACAAGGAAGAAUUGGGUUUAUAUCCCGGUCAGAAUGCUCAUAUUAUUGCAAAUACGUCUUUAGAUGUUGUCGAUGUUCCUGCUCACAAUUUCAGAUUAACCUAUUCUGUCCUUUCCCAGCGCGGUUAUUACCCUGAAACCCCUGAUAAGGAAAAUCAAGAUAGUUACUGUGUCAGGACAAACAUUCAGGGGAAUCCAAAUGUGCAUUUCUUUGGUGUGUUUGAUGGGCACGGUCUGUCUGGCACUCACUGUUCGACUUUUGUUAAGGAUAGGCUUGUUGAAAUCUUGUCAACUGAUGUUGCAUUGUUGGAUGAUCCUGUUAAGGCGUAUAGUAAUGCAUUUUUGGCUACAAACGAUGAACUUCAUAACAGUGGUAUAGAUGAUUCUAUGAGUGGUACUACAGCUAUUACGGCUCUCGUCAUUGGGGAUAAGCUUUAUGUGGCAAAUGUUGGGGAUUCUAGAGCAGUUUUAGCUGUUAAGGAGGGGAAUAGAGUUCUUGCUCAAGAUUUGUCGUAUGAUCAAACUCCAUUCAGAAAAGAUGAAUGUGAAAGAGUGAAGCUUUGUGGGGCUCGGGUUUUGAGUGUUGAUCAAGUAGAAGGGCUUAAGGAUCCUAGAAUUCAAUCAUGGGGGGAUGAGGAGACUGAGGGCAGUGAUCCACCAAGGUUGUGGGUUCAAAAUGGGAUGUAUCCUGGGACUGCAUUUACACGUAGUGUUGGUGAUAACAUGGCAGAGAAGAUAGGUGUGGUUGCUGAUCCAGAGGUGUCCACCGUGCAGCUUACGUCUAGCCAUCCCUUCUUUGUUGUUGCAAGUGAUGGAGUUUUUGAGUUCCUACCCAGCCAAACCGUUGUGGACAUGGUUAACAAAUAUGCAGAUCCCAGGGAUGCUUGUUCUGCCAUUGCUGGAGAAGCUUACAAUUUAUGGUUAGAGCAUGAAAAUCGAACGGAUGAUAUAACAAUCAUCAUUGUACGCAUUAAAGACUUGAGUAAUGUAUAAAUUAUCGGGCUUCUUACUUUAGCAGCUCACAGAUUUUCUGAUUCUUUAAUCAUCUAGAAAGUAGCAGUAAUCUUUUGAUUUCAGAGAUGUAUACUCUCAUUAGUCCAACUCCAAGAUGUUAUGGUUGCUAUGGUUUGGUUUACUUCGUCUGAUGCUUGAAGGACGUUUCUUUA